AUGCCGCUAAAGUCCUCUCAGAAUACCGUUAACAUAUUUGGCUGCCAUUUCUCUGGAGGGGGCCAGCAGCGUCUGGGCGGCCCUUCCGGCUCUGCUUGUACCCUGACGUCACUGUCCACCAAAUCACCCAAAGCCUUGUCCAGCCCUGGAGGUCCAUCUGAGCCAAAAAAGUCGAAGCCAGGCUGUGAGUCCCCACCGGAGCUUGAGUUGCCUGUGGCCCGAGAGCCCGUGGUGUGCCAUCCCGACCUGGAGGGGCUGCUGCAGGCCUGGCCUGAGGAGCUGCCCGAGGAGUUCUUCGAGGUGACCGUGGACGAUGUGCGCCGACGCCUGGCCCAGCUCAGGAGCGAGCGGAAGCGCCUGGAAGAAGCCCCCUUAGUGACCAAGCCCUACCGGGAGGCCCAGACCAAGGAGAAGCUGGAGCGAUACCCCAAGGUGGCUCUGCGUGUCCUGUUCCCUGACCGCUACAUCCUGCAAGGUUUCUUCCGGCCCAGCGAGACUGUGGGGGACCUGCGUGACUUCGUGAGGAGCCACCUGGGGAACCCUGCGCUAAGUUUCUACCUGUUCAUCGCCCCUCCUAAGACUGUCUUGGUGGACGACACGCUGACCCUCUUUGAGGCAGACCUCUUCCCUGUUUGCAUGGUAAAACUCUUUAAUAGCUAA